CCGGGACACUCAGCACCUCAGGCCUGCCUCAGCAGUGCAGCCCUGGUAUCAGCUUUGGUUGCUGGAUGUGGUUGCUGCUGUUCUUGUCUUUAUCUGCUUGACUUUCCUGAUUCUCUACAAGAUCAUUAAGUGGCAAUGGGCAACUCUUGGCUGUCGGUAACACUGGUGUUGAGUGUCAGUGGUUUAGCUCUAUCGGCUCGUAUGUUGGCACUAAUGACGACGCCGGGAAAGAGCCAUCAUAUACUACAGUACUCGGUGAUGCAAGCUCUAGCUAAGAGAGGCCAUCAGAUUGUGGUAUAUGGCCAUUUCCUGCCAAACUCUCCUGUGGAAAACAUUACUUACCACGUUCUGAACAGUAGUUUUAUAGAACGCACAGAUGAUUGGAGCUUUCAAGAUUUUAAAGAUUUUUGCCAAAUGUCUUCGUUUUUUGGAUUUGCCAUAAGCAGUCUUUCGGAGGUGACAACGCUUACUUCUGAGGAAACUUUUAGAAGUGAAAAUAUUCAGAAUCUCCUCAAUUCUAACGAAAAGUUUGACGUGGUAUUUGUGGAGGCUUUGAUAUCGAUGGAAUCAAUGUUAGUUUUUGGUCACAAGUUCAAAGCACCUGUAGUGAACUUCCAGGGCAUUGGUGACUGGAUAACGGUUGAUUGGAUGGCGGGAAACUCGCUAUCUGUUGCCCACAUUCCAGAUAGAAUUUCUUUUGACUUUACAAACCAAAUGUCUUUUAUGGAAAGAGUACGAAAUACUGUAUCUACGACAGUGACACUCUUAUACUACCACCUAUUCCACCUUCCCAAACAUCAGGAGAUUAUAGAGAAGUACUACAAAGAUCCAACAAUGCCUCACAUCACAGAGCUGGUAGGAAAUAUUGCGUUAUCUUUGACAAACGCUUACCAAACUCUGGAAUACCCUAGACCUUACACCCCCAACAUUGUACCUAUUGGAGGAGCACACAUUUCGACCCAUACGGCACCACUUCCACAGGACAUAAAAUCAUUCAUGGAUGAUGCUAAGAAUGGUGUGAUAUUCUUCAGUCUAGGUACAAUAGUUCCUAUUCAAAUUUUCCCUCGUGAGUAUAUUCAAGCCUUUUUAAACGUAUUUAAGAAGCUGCCAGUGAAAGUUUUGUGGAAAACAAAUCUACAAAGUUUACUAGAUGUUCCACAAAACGUGAAGCUUACGAAGUGGGUGCCCCAGCCUUCAGUGUUGGCUCACCCCAACUGUCGUCUGUUCAUCACUCAUGGAGGGCUGAUGAGUCAACACGAGGUGUUACAUGCAGGGGUGCCUGUCGUUGCUAUUCCCUUCUUUGCCGACCAGAUAUUUAACGUGAGAUUCUAUGAACAUCUAGGAGUGGGACGGAUAUUGGACUUUUGGACCAUGGACGAAGACUCUAUUUACAAAGCGGUCACAACAGUACUGAAUGACCAAAGAUACCAGGAAAACGCAAAGAAGAUGUCCCGGAUAGUGAGAGACCAGCCGAUGUCACGGAUGGAUUCAGCAGUGUACUGGAUAGAGUACGUGCUGAGACACCGAGACACUCGGCAUCUCAGGCCCGCAUCAGCGAAACUGCCCUGGUAUCAGCUGUGGCUACUGGAUGUGGCUGCUGCCGUUCUUACCUUCCUCUGUCUAAGUUUCCUAAUACUAUACAAAGUUACUAACUGGGUCCUGAGUCGUUGCUUCAAUAGACGGCAUUCUAAACUUUUCAGUGAUAAAAAUAAAAAAUAAAAACAUUAUAAGCAUAGGUCUGUUUGUAAUAUUCUUACAAAUACACGUUAUAGAUGAUAUUAUUGCAAAACUGUAAAUACAAAUUUUGGUUUUCGUUGAA